AUGCCAAAUAAUCCAGACAGUGUUCCAAAGAAACCUCUGAAAAAUCAAACAAUUAAUAAUAAUAGUCAACGUAGUAAUAAAUCUCCACUUCAUACAAGAAGAAAACAGUUCAAAGAUCCUUUGUCCCAAUCAUCAAAUAUUCUGAAAGAAGUUGAAAAUACACGAUAUCACUGGCUAACAACAAAGCAAACACAACAACGAAGUACACCUAUCUUGAAUCAAGAACGACAAUAUGGUCGGGUUAAUUUGAUUUCUGCCUACAGAGGAGAAUCUCCGCCUAGCAGAGUUAGAAAAGAAGUAUUAUCAUCUAACAGUGCUAGGACAGAACACAGAGGAGGACUAUUCAAUGUACACGCAGACAACAGGACUAAAGCUCCCUAUUAUAUCAUUCACCCGGAAUGGUUGAGUGAAACAAUGACAAUACGCCAACUGGGAUUAUCGCCCAGACCAACUCCAUUACCAAUAAAUAAUAAUAAUAACUAUCCACACGGUGAUCAAGCUAGAAGACGUGGUCAUUUCACUGCAACUUGUUCAGAACAACAUACAACAAACACUGAUACAACAUGUACAGAUUCUGUAGAAUCGUCUAUUAGCCGAAGUCGAAGUCUACCGCCGAAAGCAUUCAAUCCAAUCACAUGGAACUGUUAG